AUGGUCAACAUCACCAACGUGGAUUUGUUGCGCUUGGCAACUAGCUUCGAUUACGCCUACAGUCUCGAAGCCAUCGCCAAUGCUUCGACAGAGCAGGUGUCGUUCAUUUCGUACGAUCCGUCGUUCGAGACAGAAGUCCUGGGCAACAACGUGAGCCAAAAGCUCGUCGCCGACUUACCUUGGGACGCCUUCCACGAGGCUGGAAUCUACAACCAGAACACUGGCAAAAUCUACGCCACAAGCAACUGGGCCGGCGACUUCGACAACCCGAUCAACGUAACCGUCAUCGACAUCAGCAACAACGACGCCAUCUCGUCCAUCCGCUACCCAAACCUCGCCGAGCCCAACGGCGGAACUGCUUUCUACCCUGUUGGCACCGCACCGAAUAGUAAUGAAGGACAACAGAUUGUCUUCUGCGAUGAGGGCGAUUUGCAACGAGGCCCAUCCCAGUUGGUUCUGGUCGAUCCCGCGAAGAAUACUAGCAAGGUCAUCCUGAACAAUUUUUUGGGGCGGAAUCUUUCCUCGAUCAAUGAUAUUGUGCAGCAUCCGAGGACUGGUGAUCUCUGGUUUACGGACGCGAGAUAUGCUUACUGGCAGUACUUCGCCCCGGAACCAAGUAUCCGACCACAAGUCUACCGCUUCGAGCCAAACACCGGUGUCGUCCAGGCUGUAGCCGAUUACUUCAUCGCACCCAACGGCAUCGAACUCUCAUACGACUGGAAGUACAUCUACGUUACUGACACAGGCGUGCACACCUUUCCCGGCAAGGACAACUACACGGCACCGGCGACAAUCUACCGCUACGAGAUCACGAAAGAUGGCAAGCGAUUGAAGGACCGCCAGGUCUUCGCUUACAGCGAUAGAGGCUUCCCCGACGGCAUCCACAGCGAUACUCUGGGGAAUGUUUAUUCCGCCACUUCUGAUGGUGUUCAUGUAUGGAACCCCGAAGGUGUCCUCAUCGGCAAAUUCGCCGUCGGUGGCAAUGGCUCCAACAACUUCGCCUUCGUGCCGGGCGGCAUCUACAUCUUCAAUGCGUACAAGUUGUGGAAGGUCAAUAUCAAGGCUGAAGGCAGGACUGUCCGACGGGAUUUUGGCUUGUGA